GUGGUGGUUGUUUCAAUGUAUAUAUUUUAAAGGCACAUUAUCUCAUCUCAUUAUCACAAGAAUUAGAUGUCUCUGCUCUGGGACGGACUCCCCAACAAAAACCUUGUACUUCCUUUCAGAUUAUGCCACAUCACAUUCACUGUUGCAGUGAGCAAGCCAUCUACUUACCCAGAAAACAGGAGAUUCUGCACUUUCAGGCAAAGGGUUUCUUCAGAUCAAUUGUGAAGGGGGAGAAAAAAGGAAGUGGAAAAUGAAAACAACCACAUCAGUCUACGACUAUUCGUUUCCAUAUGCCUAUAGUGACAUUUAUGAUGAUUCUUCAAAACCUUGCAGUAAAGAAGGCAUCAAGAAGUUUGGAUCACACUUUCUGCCCUCACUUUACUCUCUGGUAUUCCUGCUUGGCUUGGUAGGGAACUCUCUAGUCAUUUUGGUCCUGUUAAAAUACAAGAGGCUGAAGAGCAUGACCGACAUUUAUCUGCUCAACCUCGCAAUCUCAGAUUUGCUGUUUGUUUUCUCCCUUCCCUUCUGGUCUUAUCAUGCAGCAGAUCAGUGGGUUUUUGGGGACAGAUUGUGUAAAAUCAUUUCUUGGAUCUAUCUGAUUGGGUUUUACAGUGGAAUAUUUUUUAUUAUGCUCAUGAGCAUAGAUAGAUACUUGGCAAUAGUUCAUGCUGUGCUUGCCUUGAGAGCAAGAACAGUCACCUAUGGCAUCUUUACCAGUCUUAUUGUGUGGUCAAUAGCCAUUUCAGCCUCAGUUCCAGAGCUGAUAUUUAGUGAAUCCUAUAAGGAACGCAAUCAUACCACCUGCAAACCACGGUACCCUGGUAAUUCCACGAACUGGAGGAUUUUCUCCUCUUUGGAAGUCAAUAUACUAGGGCUCAUGAUACCUUCAGUGGUUAUGAUUUUUUGCUACUCAAUGAUCAUUAAAACCUUGCUGUACUGUAGAAGUGAGAAAAAGAAUAAGGCUGUGAAGAUGAUCUUUGCUGUCAUGAUUGUGUUUUUUGUUUUUUGGACCCCUUACAACAUUGUGAUUUUCUUACAAUUGUUGCUAGACCUAGGUUUCAUUUCAAAGUGUAAAAUCAGCAAAGAUUUGGACUAUGCAAUGCAAGGGACAGAAACACUGGCUUUUUUCCACUGUUGUCUCAAUCCCAUUAUCUAUUUCUUUAUGGGGGAAAAAUUCAAGAAGUAUGUGAAGUUGCUCUUUAAGAGCUGGGCGGUACCUAGAAUGUUUUUUGAAUGCUGUGGACUUCUCACUACUUACCACACCGAAUCAACCAGUUCAUUCCACACACAGUCUACUAGGGAUCAAGAUGCUCUGUAAAGAUCUUGCAGUUACAAGAAAAACUGACAAUCACCACACCAUUAAAAAGUGUCUCAUUUAAGCUGAAAAGAUGUGCAUUUAAAAAUAAUCCAGCAUCUUAAAAUAAAUGUACCAUAAGCUUUCAGUCCUGCCUCUGGAUUUUUUUGAAUGUAGUGAGAAAAAAAAAAAAAAGAAAGAGAAAAAUGUUUGAGAAGUGAAUCCUAGGCUAGGCUUUUGGAAAUGUAAAAUUCGUUUGAUAUUACAAAUCAGUGCCAACAAGUGGCAACACCAUCUGCAUUUACAGUGCUACGCUGUGCCUUUUGCUCUUCAUCAGCACCAACAGCGAGCCCCACUGAAGGGGGCAGAGAUCAACAGUCAUCACAAAAUGCUUUGGAAAUCUUGGCAUAUUCAGGGAUCAUCAUAUUUAGUGUACUGGGCCCAAUCCACUUAUUGGCAUAGGGUUUGUUAGAGCAGAGUCCUAGUGUAUAAUAAUUGUCUCUUUAGCAUGCUUUCUAGUUGCAUAUUUCCUAGAUAAUACAUACUUUGUGUCUAAGAAAACUGAAACAAGAUAUAUUUAAAAUCUUGCUGUUCACCAAGACCUAAAUUAUACAGUAUGUUAUACCACAUAUGUAUGCUUUUUUAUACAAGUCUUCACACAUAUAUAGACAUUUUGAAUGAACCUGCCAUCAUGUUGUACCUAGAAUAGCAGUUUUACCUAAUAAUUAACAUGGACAUUGUCAGAAAUAUUUUUAAA